AUGAAGUCCAUUAUCUUCGCACUCUGCGCCAUGCUGUUCGUGACGCUGGCCCUCGCCCAACAGAGCCCGGUCACCUUCUCCAGCUCGCAGCUCAACGCCCGCAUCGACCCCGCCGACGGCUCGGUCGACAUCUGGGAGGCCAACACCGAUCGCGUCUUCACCCACACCUUUGCCGAGCUGCGCGAGACUGACCAGGCCAGCGCGCUGGUCAACACCGUCGCCUCGUUCGCCAGCCAGAUCUUCACCGUGUCGACCCCCACCGUCAACAACGACUUCCAGGGCGUCAAUGCCACGUCGGCCAGCCUCACCGCCAGCAUCACCGUCGCGUCGCCCGUCGACAACUCCACCUCGGGCGCUACGCUGAUCGCCACCUUCUUCGUCUUCACCGCCGAGGGCAACAUCACCUUCAACAACCAGAACGUGAACGUCGCGCCCGACCACAUGGUCCUCCUCUACCAGCUCCAGGGCUGGCCCAUCAAGUCCACCAACAACUCGAUGUCCAUCCGCGUGCGCCUCGACACCCCGAGCAGGACCGGCACCUUCAACGCGCCCGUGCUCCGCCUGGACGACGGCGCGGCCAUCACCUUUGCCCAGACCUCGACCGGCAGCAGCGCCGCGACCGACACCCCGGCCUCGGUGGCCGUGAGCCGCGGCUCGAGCUCGGUCGACUACACCAUGACCUUCAACGCCGCCACCAACGUCGAGUUCACCGCCCUGUGGAGCGUCGAGCCGGUCACCUCCGGCAGCGGCGGCGACUCCUCGGCCGCCUCGGCCCUGUCGACGCCCCUCUUCGCCUUCUUCUAA